CAUCACCUCACCCUGGUUCUCCACCGCCUUCGGCCUCAUCGGCCUCUGCUCCAACCUCUUCGCCCUCUGCGUCCUGCUCAGCUCCUCCCGCAAGCUGUCCAGCCGGGCCCGCUCCUCCUUCCUCGUUUUCCUCUGCGGGCUGGUGGUCACGGACUUCAUGGGGCUGCUGGUGACGGCCUCAGUCAUCAUCCCCUAUCACUUCAUCAAGUUCACCUGGGCCAAGGUGGACCCUGGCUGCCACCUCUGCAACUUCCUCGGCUUCUCCAUGGUCUUCUUCGGGCAGUGCCCGCUGCUGCUGGGGGCCACCAUGGCUGGCGAGAGGUUCUUCGGCAUCAACCACCCCUUCUCCCUCUCCACCAGCAUCUCCAAGCCCCGCGCCUG